AGGGACGCUGUCACGGACAUGCAAGGUCCUUUGCCUCCUUUGCCUUUCUUCCUUUGCCCAGCUCUACGCGUCUCGGUUGCGUCAGACACCCACUGGGCCUAAAGUCAUGCCUCAAGCAUCCCGUGGAAAUGCUCGUCAGCCUGACUCCAGGGAGGCCCAAAAGACCAUGGACAAGGAGCAGAAGAGAAGCCGAGGCGCUAUGUCAUGCGCCGAGUGUAGAAGACUUAAAUUGAAAUGCGACAAAACUGUUCCGUGCUCUUCAUGCAAACGCAGAGGCUGCUCGGCCAUUUGUCCUAAUGGUUCCCUCACGACUGGUCAGGGAACUCGGUUUGUACUAGCAGAUACAGAAAAAUUACAUCAGAAGAUCGCACAAAUGAGCGACAGGAUUCGUCAACUUGAAGAUGCACUUUCUAUUUCGCAAACCAGUCCUGGCGAACAGCACCCUCUUCUGCACAGAGACCUUCUCGACAUCAAAUCAAUCAUAGAUUUGCACGCUGCUGUGGAUGAGGAAACAGCAGGUAAAUCCAAGCUUGAGGUCGAUGAUGACUCGCAAUACAUCGAAUCUUUUGGGACGCUCGCCAUACGGGAUGAUGGAGCCGCAACUUUUUAUGGCCCAUCCGCCGGUUCGGAGAGCCUGCUCAUCGGAGAGUCUGCCGUGUCAUCGACACCUAAUUUUAGUCCAGGCGACAGGACACAGCAUACUGAACAUCUGCCUUCCAGUGUCAAGCAUCUAUCGAAGUCUUUCCCUCUGGCUCCAGUGUUUAAUGACGAGGUUGAUCUUAACUACCUCAUUCAAAAUCAUCUACCUCCUUGGCAUCGUGCUCGUCACUUGAGUGAGCUGUAUCUCCAGCAAGCACCGUGGUUCUUUGGAGCGGUAACAAAGCGGCAACUGAUGGAGGAGAACCUUCCUUUAUGGUACGCAGAGGCAUCAGAUCUCAUCUAUCUGGGUUCCGUGGCGCCACCAGUGACCUCGGGGAAUGAUGCUUUGAGCAAAGGUCCUCAUGAACUCGCCUUGAUGUUCGUGAUUUUCUGCUUUGGAGCACUGACGGACCACAGAUUGCCCCCUGCGCCAGACAACGAGGAAGCCGACAUGUAUUUCAAGCUUACGCGCGCUGCCCUGAACUUAGAGCCCGUACUUGACCGUCCACCAUCAGUGGCAACCAUUCAGACGCUGGCUUUACUCGCAAUUUAUCAGGGCCUUUGCAGUGGAGAAAACAGCAUUGAGAGCACCUGGGGAAUCUUUGGACUAGCAACGAAGUUAGCUCAGAGUAUUGGACUGCACCGUGACUGCGCCCGCUGGCAGCUACCUCCACAAGAGGUGCAAAAGCGUCGUGAGCUGUUCUGGGAGCUAUUUAUCACAGACGGGUGGCAGUCCUUGGCCACAGGUCGUCUUGCUACAUUCUACCUACCUUUUGUAGACUGUGAACUACCGAAUGACCCCGAUUCCACGGUGGAUGGAGACGGAAGCGUUUUGCAAAGCUUUCCGGCAUGGAAGGCUCGCUUUGGUUUCCAUUGCAUAUCUGCAGUUAUCCAACAUGCACAAACGGCAAAGGUGCCCAAGUAUUCCGUUGUCAUCGAGCUGGAUCGCAAGAUUCGUGACUUGGAACUUCCAAAAUACGCCCAGCGACCUCCCAGAGAAGGCGCUGAACUUGGGGAAGCGAUGAAGCAUUACAUGCCUCGUAACUACCGGCACCUUACUCUGCUAUAUGUUCAUCGAUGCUUUUUUGCGGAAGCUGUAUCAAACAACCCCACAAACCCCAUGAGCAGCCCAUUCGCCCCAUCGUUCCUUGCAGGGUACCGCAGUGCCUGUGAACUGAUUAGCGGUCUUCGUACGCAGUUCGACUUGUUCCCAGCACAGAUUGCCCGCUUCUGGGUUUUAUGGACCCAUGCGUUUUCCUCAUCCGUGAUGCUGUCUUCCGUCGUUACGCAUGCAUCUGGGAGUGGUUCUCGGUCGAAGAUCACCACUGCAGCCUUGACCGAGCUGCGACGCGCUGUCAGUCUUUUCAAAGAAGCAUCUGUUUUCGGAGGUCGAGCUGGAAAAUUUCUUCCUAUCCUCGAGAGGCUGUUGCAGAAAGCUGAGCAGGCAUACAGUACUGCCACUCCUACCGUGACUCGACGAGAUAUCUUCUCGAACACUGGUCCAACGAAGUCAAAGGAUGAACUUUCGAUUUUCAGUGGGCAAAUCAACAAGGUUUCUACGAAGGCCCCCGUACCAUCGUCUUCAGGACGGUCUAGCCAUUCACCUGGAAACACCACCAACCUGAGUCAGUCUCCCCCGAUGCAGGUAGAAGGCACGCCCCCGCAGGCAUUUAGCAACAUUCAUCCAUCGCUGCGUGAGCAGUGGAGCAGUUUCGAGGGGGAUCUCAACGUUCAGCUUCAUAAUGCUCAACGAGACGCGUAUUACACAGACGACGACGCCUUCGUGGUGCCCGCGUCUGCUGAGGAAUCACGCAGAAUGGCCAGUAUGCAUGAGGGCACAUACCAAGCCCAGUCGGCCCAGCACCAGCUACACCCAGUUACACAGCCGCCACAGGGAUACCAUAACCACUUUUCUGCCUCGUCGCAUGGUUUUUCGGAACCGCAUGAGCCGCAGUACGCUCAGCCGCUGCCACAAUCUCAUCAUCGUCAGCCUGACAAUACCCAAUACCAUGCGGACUCUCAUCAGCAACAUCCCCAACACCAGCAAUACUAUAGCCAGGAACAGCCUGGUCAUUACGUCCAUGAUCCAUACCAGCCAUCAGCAUCCUUCAGCACUGCAGAUCCUCACGCACCUGGUGACUAUAACGCAAGACCCUCCCAACCAUAUUGGGAAUCUGCACAGCAGUCAUAUCAGGCGCAGGAAAGCACCAUGUCUUACCAGUCCUCGUACUAUGGCAAUGAGUACCAAACUUCCCAACAAUCCCAAGCUCCUGCACCCGGUGCAGAAUACCUGUCGCUUACACAGCAGCAUCUGCAAGAGACGUGGCAGUCAUUUAAUGUCUACGUGGGCUCGCCGGGUCGGCCGACGUAG